ACAAAGUGGCCCGGAGUACAGGCUGCAACUGCUACAAACCAGUCGGCGGCGACGCCUACCAGCACCGGCCUCACUCCAACCAGUUGGGUGCGACGGGCCCAUCUCGUUGAUCCACGCACCUCCGUCACCGGCCUGCAGUUUGCGCCACGUUUUAUGGGCCUUCAACUGGCUGCCAUCUCAACAGAUGGCAUCCUGCGUAUUUACGAAGCUCAGGUAUGUGGAU